AUGGUUGAGGAAGUGGAAGAUGAGGAUGACCGUGAUGGUCGUAGAGGUGAUGAUGACAACGAUGAGGACGAGGAUGAGGAGGAAGAUGACCAUGAUGACAGGAAAGAAAGUCAUGAUUAUGUGGUUGAUGAGGAGAAAGAUGACCAUGAUGACAUGGAAGUAAGUCAUGGUUAUGUGGUUGAAAAGGCGGAAGAUGAUGAUAAGGAGGUUGAGGAUUCAGAUGAUAAGGGUGAGGAAGACACACAUGUAAAAAUUGCAACCCCUACCAAUCUUCCUUUGCUGUUGGAUCGAGAACGGGAGAGCAGUGACAGUGGGGAGGAAGCAAGACCUAGAAAAUCCACUGAACUGAGGAGGUCAACAAGGGCAAAGAGUUCAACAAUUAAAUCUUUGUGGAUGGAGUUCCAGGCAGCUUCAAGGAUGAAGAAGCCAAAGGAGGAAAGGGACAUUUUUUUCACUUUAAUAUCCUAUAGACCCAAGAAUGAGGAGGAGGGAAAGAUUGUCAUUAAAAUGUUUGAUGAAGAUAUAGACCGACAACAGCUAUUUUUCCUGAGUGGAGUGAAUAGAGUAAAUAACAGGGUGUUUAAUUUGGUGUGCAAGGCAGUGAUGGAGGACAUGAAGACAAAGUUGUGGCCAGGGAAGAGGCACAUCUUCAAUGUGGAUUUCAUGAUAAGAAUAUGA